AUGCGCCCAGUGCUGCGUCCAACGCCCACUGAGCCUCGCGUCUGGGAGGCACUGGAUCUGCCCAAGAUGCACCGACGCCAGGACCAACCGUCUGCCAGUGAUACAGAUCCAGACUGUCUAGCGGUUUCACCAGACACCCAGUCGUGCUAUCCCACGAGCAGCACCAUUGCCUACCAGAACCAGUACACCCGCUUCAUCUGGAAUACCCGCUACGCCCUCUUUGUCGGAGACAAUGGUGACGCGGAUGUCACGCUCAUCUUGCGAAACGCAGAGAGUGAUCGCCAGGUCGGGAACUGGACAAUGCCAAACAAGCUCGGGAGAUUUUCUUUGGCUGUCGACGACACAUGGUGGGACCAGCGGGCAGUCACGCAGUGGGAAGGCCGUCCCCGAAACUGGACGUUUUACUGGCAGAUCAUUCCCGCAACACACACCAUUGACGGUGGUGAAGCAAGGCAACCCACGUUUACGGUGAUACAGACAGCGCUCCCGAAUGCAUAUCUAUCCUCGACGAGUGCCUCGAUCAUCUCCCAGUCACUCGCCUCGGUCUCGCGGUCCAUUGCCGCUUCAGAGUCGUCUUCAGCACAAGCAGCCCAACAAUCCCGCGAUGCGGCGCUUCAGCAGUCGCACAACAAUUCAUACUUUCCCCCGUGGGCCAUAGCGCUCAUCGUCAUACUCGGCCUCAUCUCCAUUGUUUCUAUUCUCACUCUCUUCUUUGUCGUCAUUCGUAGCGCAAGAAGAAAACGAUCGCUGCAGAAUCGGUCGUCGAUGGGCUCCGACUCUCCCAUGAUUCAAGGAGCAGGCGGACCCGUGUCUCCAAUAGCGGCUAGCGGUAUGGGCGGCGGUCCGGCAUCGCUACUUGCGCCUCCAGUGCGGAAUGCGCCUUCGAUUCGAUACAAUGAUGGCAAUUCUGUUGCCUCGCGAACGUCUGCUGCCGAGGGCGUUAUUACCGGCUCGGACGCUGCGAUCAUGGCCGACGCGUUCCGGAAAGCUCUACGAAAACCAGACUUUGCGGAUAGACCGCAAGAGGAAGGAGAGUCUCCGGAACAGAUCAAUGCCGAGGAGUCAGAGGCCCUCCUGCUAAACCGAGAGUUGGCUGAGGACGGCAAGAAUAUCCGAAGUGUCAGCUCUCAGCGUGGAGUAAAGGUGUCAAGCUCAUACUUAACGGAUACCAUCAAUGCCCUUGUUUCCGACCGGCGAUGGUCCCAGGUAGCGCUGAUGGCAUCUAAAGCGCUGGCCUGGUCGCCCAAUAUUCCUCCCAUCUCACGAUAUUACGAUUCCAUCUUGCCGGACAUGGUCGUGCACGCUGCUCUGCACGACUUUCUCCUCCCUUUGAAAAACCCCCCGCCUCUUGUAGAAUCUACCUCACGAGCAUUCGCACUAGCAGUAGCGGCAUUGGAACGACUGCUCUCUCCUGUAACUGUAUCCGACUAG